GUGUCAGAUGUGCUUCACUGGUCGAUUUGCGAGACGUUCUCCGAAGUCCGGCGCAUGAUGCCCUUGUGGGCAGUUCAGGGACAGCGAUUUAUCCGACAAGAAUCACUCUGGAACGGCGCGCGGAAUCUUGGCGAGACGAGUCUGGCUCGUGAAUGGGCACAUGAAUUCCUGGAAGAUGAAGCACAAGGCUUAGAAUCCCGUUAUCGGCCAAGGGAAGCAAGCGCCGCAGCUCUCUCGACUUUGGCCAGUUCAAGUAACCCUAGGAACAAUCUUAUCGCGAACCGUUGUCUUCAAUUCGAAGAGUUGGAAUUCCAUGGCAGCACACUACAAGAGGAGCAAGAAAGGGAACUGUCUCCUGAGAUACAGCAAGAGCGACAAGUGCAGCGACCGCCUGCGGUCGAUCCCGCAGAACACCACAUCCAUCCCGACAUGAGAACGUUCGUGUCCACUGGUGUGGUCAAACCCAGCUCCAAGGCUUAUAUGCCGGCCUUCACGGUAUUCUCCGACAUUAGAGCUGCAACCUCUUUCGAUGUGUCGCAGCUUGGAGGGAAAAAGGACCUCCUUGUUACAGCAGACUUCGCCCGCACCGUCAAGAAGGCCGGCGCCUCCAACGUGUCAGACGCGUACCAACGAUCCGUGGAGUGGAUACUAACGAGUGCUUCUGCUGACAGCAAUGUUGUGGACUGCGUGAUGGCCGUCAGUCCGCACGAGGCGCAGCAGCUCUAUCCUCACAUUUGCCAGAGCUCGACGGUCGUCCUGCAUGUAUACAAGCCACGCUGGAACGUCGGCUUUCGUUCACUGGAUGAUCUACAUUUCUUUACUGUUCCUCCACUUCCGGAGCCACGGGUAGUACGACCUUCGCUUUUGACGCAACUCAAUCUGUUUUCAGGUCAGUUGUACUUCAAUUCACUAGAAGACUACCAAAGAGCAUGCGAAUUCCUCGGAUUGGCUUCGACGAAAGCUAACAGCCACUGCACUCUGGCUGCGGAUGGGUUUAUCCUCCAAGCGAGCGACGAAGCACAAGGAGCGCUUCUCGCACCGCGAUUCUUGAAGGAGAUCAUGAAGAUUCGGAAGAAUGGCGAAGGCAUUGGCAGGACGCAUGUGGGAAGUAUGCUCGAGGGAGUGUUCCUCGCAUUGUCUGACUUUGCG